AUGGCUUCCAUUCCCGACGCCGUCGCCGACUCGGUCAAGAAGCUCGGCCUCAAUGGCUCGCUAGAGCACACCAACGGCUCCUUCGACGGCGCCGUCAAGGUCCGGAGCAUCUGCUGCGUCGGCGCUGGCUAUGUCGGCGGCCCUACUGCCGCCGUCAUUGCCUUCCAGAACCCUCACAUCCGGGUGACGGUCGUGGACCGCGACGAGAGCCGCAUCCGCCGCUGGAACUCGCGCCAUCCCCCCAUCUACGAGCCGGGCCUGCACGAUAUUGUCCGCGUGGCCCGUGACGGCGGCCGCGAGACGAGCUUCUCCAACGAGCCCCUGUCCUCCGACUCCGAGUCCUCGGCCCUCUCCGAUGGCGACCCCGUCAUGCCCCGCCGCGCCGGCAACCUCUUCUUCACCACCGACGUCGCCACCACCAUCGCCGAGGCCGACAUUGUCCUCGUGGCCGUCAACACCCCUACCAAGGAGCGCGGCGUCGGUGCCGGGAGCGCCACCGACAUGACGGCCUUUGAGGCUGUCACCGCCGUCGUUGCCCAGUAUGCCCGCGAGGGGGCCAUCAUUGUCGAGAAGAGCACCGUCCCCUGCCGGACCGCCCAGCUGGUCGCCGAUACGCUGUCCAUGCAUCGCCCCGGUGUUCACUUCGAGAUUCUGUCCAACCCCGAGUUCCUGGCUGCUGGAACUGCCGUCAACGACCUGCUCUACCCCGACCGCAUCCUCAUUGGCUCUGCGCCGACGCCCUCGGGCAAGCGGGCUGCCGAGGCUCUCGUCGGCGUCUAUGCCUCGUGGGUCCCCCGUGAGCGCAUCCUCACCACAAACGUCUGGUCCUCGGAGCUCGCCAAGCUCGUCGCCAACUCGAUGCUCGCCCAGCGCAUCUCGAGCAUCAACUCCAUCUCGGCCGUGUGCGAGCAGACGGGCGCCGACGUCGACGAGGUGGCGCGCGCCAUUGGCGUUGACCCUCGCAUCGGAAACAAGUUCCUCAUGGCCGGCAUCGGCUUUGGUGGCAGCUGCUUCAAAAAGGACGUCCUGAACCUCGUCUAUCUGGCCGACACCAUGGGCCUGCCCGAGGUGGGCGAGUACUGGCGGCAGGUGGUCAAGAUGAACGACUAUGCGCGCGACCGCUUUACAAACCGCGUCAUCAAGUGUCUCAACAACACGCUCGUAGGCAAAAAGGUGACCAUCCUCGGCUACGCCUUCAAAAAGGACACGUCGGACACGCGAGAGGCGCCGGCGCUUGAGAUGAUCAAGACGCUUCUGGAAGAGCGGCCCCGGGAGAUUGCCGUCUUCGACCCCUGCUGCAAUCCGCUGGUGGUCAAGGACGAGAUCAAGAUGAUCCUCGGUCCGCUAGCGGCGGGCAACAACAUCUCCGUCUACGGCAACGCAUACGACGCCUGCCGCGACAGCACAGCCGUCGUCAUCGCCACCGAGUUUGACGAGUUUCGAAACCAACCCGUCGCCAGGCGAACGCAGGCCCCAGCGACGGCCGGGGUGGCGGGUCGUAAGCCCAACCCCAAGUCGGACCCCCGGCCGUUCAAGUCGUCGAGGCUGGCCGAGAACGACUGGCUGGCGCUGCACAAGCACCUGGUGCAGCGAGCCGGGGAGACGUCGGACGACCCACUGGAGCGAUUCAACCGAGAGCCCACAUGCGCCGAGGAUUGUCCCGACUGCAUCCAGGAGAGGGAGAGCAAGAAGACGGGCUUUGCCACGGGCAUGGGCAGCGCGGACGAGUACAAGCCCAAGGAGCGGCUGGACUGGGUGCGCAUCGCCGACAGGAUGGCCAAGCCGCGGUGGGUGUUUGACGGCCGAGGCGUCAUUGACUCUCGCGAGAUGGUCAAGCUGGGCGUCAGGGUCGAGAGCGUCGGACGCCAGCACCGAUUCUAG